ACAAAACAAAUGCGAAAAGUUUUGACAUUGGACCUCGACAUAUGAACAACUUAUUGUUAUUGUCACAACGUCGUUGACAGCCGUAACACCCACAACUUGUAAGAUGACACCAGCAGCUUUGACAAGGCGCACAGGGGUGUUUCAUUGAGAAGUGGACGUAGCCUACGUUCUUAUUGCACAUUUUCCGUUUAGCAGACCUGAGAAGAUAACCUGUAAGUGGUGCUUGGUGCUGCUGUGCCGACACACACAGUCUCUUUGUUGAUUUUUACUGGGGGGAUUUAUUGAACAGUUAUACUUACUCAUUGACUCUGUAAAAGAGGAGGGAAUCAUGAACAGUCCGGUAGAAACAGAGGACGACCAAUACAGUCCAAUACAUCUCACUGGGCUCGGAAUAUGUUGCCUCCUCAGUCCCAAACAGCACCACGAUGGGCCUGGUCUGGAGAGCCCACAGCAGUACACCAAAUGGCUCCCCAGCCGCCACGAAGCCAGCCUGCUGCCCAUGAGAGAGGACCUGGCUCUCUGGCUCAACAUGUUUCUGGACUCUGGGGUCACGGCUGACAGCCUGAUGGACAGGCUGGAUAAUGGGGUUCUGCUGUGCCAGCUGGCCGAGGAGCUACAGGAGAGGAUGAUCCAAGCCAGCAAUGGCAAGCCCUUCGUACGCAGGGUGAUUCAUUGGCGAGCUGAUGCUGCUUCUGGCUCUUUCUUUGCCCGGGACAACACUGCCAACUUCCUCUACUGGUGUCGGAAGAUUGGUGUGGAUGAGACCUACCUGUUUGAGUCUGAAGGCUUGGUGCUCCACAAACAGCCUCGGGAGGUGUGUCUCUGUCUUAUGGAGCUGGGAAGGAUUUCAGCCAGGUAUGGUGUGGAGCCCCCAGGUUUGGUGAAGCUGGAGAGAGAGAUAGAGAGGGAGGAGGGAGGGUCUCUCACCUCAUCAUUACCUCUGGCCUUCCCCUCACCCACAACUCUUCCCUUAAUCUUACCGCUGCUCCGUGCUCCUACACCCCCUGCUUCUGUAUCCCCACCUCCCAGUCCAAGCCCACCCCCUUCUCAAGCCCCAGUAGACCCUACUCCUCCAACUUCCAUCUCAUCCUCGUCAACCACCACUAGCACAACUUCCACUCAAACCUCAUCUGUUACCAUUGUCACAACCUCCACUCAGACCCCUCCCACAACACCAACCACAGAUCCUAUCUCAGCCCUGAGCCUUACAGAGACCCCUGUCUCCCCCUCUCCACCUCCUCCUUCACAUCCUCCACCACUGCCGUCACCUCCAUCACAACCAUUACCCUCUCCCUCACCUAAGCCCAAGGCGCGUCGUCCAAGCAAAUCAUCUGCUAAGAAAACGCCAAGCACAUGCGACUUGUUGGAUGACAUAGUGAGAAACAUUAUCGAGGACUCGCCAUGCAGCUGCCCCACUAAGUUCCCUGUGGAGAAGCAUCCCAAAGGAUGCUACCGUGUCGGGGAGAAGGUCCUCUACGUACGAAUGCUGAAUGAACGUCAUGUGAUGGUGCGCAUCGGGGGAGGCUGGGAGACCUUGGGAUGUUACCUGCUGAAGCAUGACCCCUGCCGGAGUCCACCGGUCACCCCGGUCAGGACCUGUCGGGCCAAAGGAAAGUCCCCCAACAUGAAGGACUUGUCACCAGACAACUAUAUGGUGGUGGGGGCACACUACCGUGCCAAGAAAUAAAACAAGGAAUCUGUUCAACCAUAACAGAUAACUGACACCACAACCUAGCAAUGAAGCUUCCUGGUUAUUCUGAGCAUAUCAAGGUUUUUUCUGGAGUUGUAUUAUUAUCUGUUAGGUUGGGUUUAGUGGUUCACAUGUAUGUAGAAAGGUAUAUUUUAUCAUCUAAAGGAUUUCAACAAAAUAUGGUGUUAUUUUUAAGGUUAGUUUGAAAAAGUGAUCUUAUCUGUAAAAAUCUAUCCUGUCGUCUUGAAAAGAGUUGAUCCAGAAUGGCUAGUAUAGCUGAGGGGUAAUGGUGUUUAUAGUUGUAUUUUAAUAUAUUGGAUGAGGGCUCAUCUCAAGACUGUCCAGUCAUUUCUCUAUAAGAAUUGUUUUAUUGUACUAUAAGAUAUUUUUGAUAGUACCCUGAGAGAAGACGAUAUAGGGAUCAUUUAUUAAAUGUUUAUUUUCAGUAUUUUAUGUAUAUUUUGGAAUGUACUCUGAUUGAAUAUCAUGUAAUAACAUCACAUUUGUACCUUUUUUCAUGCCCAUGCAAACUAUGAAUGUAUCUGUAGUCAGUUGUUCGAUGGUUAGCUACUACCCUGCAGCAUUGACUCUUCCUCGGUUGCUGGAAUAAACACAACUGAGGACACAGCCAGAAAAUACUCAACUCUCCUCUAGGUGGCAUCAUGUCAUAAGAAAUAGAUGGUACAAGCAACACCUAGCCCAGGGUUUCUUAGCAGCUAUGGCUGCAUUCAG